AUGCCGCUAAUCUUGCAAUCUCUAGCACAAGGAAAACAAGACACUGGGAUUUAUGGAACCUUCAAGGAACUCUUCGAUAAUUAUGCGACUCUUACACUCCUGCAACAGAGCUCGAUGCCUGUGCGGUUACCAUGGUCGCUCUUCAAGAUCAACUGGAAAGCAAUGACUUCUCUUCUCGCAACCUGCUAG